AUAAACGGAUCAGACGAUAUCAUGCUUGCAAAACACUGGGUAGUACUGAUAAUCGCUUUCAGUAGUCCGGUCACCAAUGCUGUAAUACACAAUUUGGUCUUUUCAUCAAUAAAGCAACUCUUUAUCGAUCGCAGUUAUCACGAAUUAACAAUCUUCCUCAAUACCACCUCUUUCAUUCACAACCCUAUUCUUUCAAAAGCGUUGCACGAAGUUCCAACUAUCAUCAUUGAUCUAGCCAGAUUUCUUAUCACCAGUGAUAAUCCUUUUUCACAUUUAUCAGCCAUACGUGAGCCAAGAACGACCACCAUGCACAUGAUCUUCUAUACCAAGACCAAUAUCUAUCAGUUACACAACUUGGUCAAUACAAUAGCCAAUCUUUCUCCUACAUCGGAACGUCCAAGGUGUCUGCUAGUACAGAUUGACGCUGGAACUUUUGACCAACUCGAGAUAGAACAUCUUUUGCGUUACGUUUGGUUUGCCUACAAAUUUCUCGACUUCUCUAUUCUCUCGUCCAUCCAUGAACCUCAUCCUUUGAUCUUCUACUAUAACCCGUUCACAGAUCUCUUUCACCGAGAAUACCUCGACGUCAAUAUCCAUAUUUUUUCGGAUAAAUUACGCAACAUGCACGGCACGAAAAUCUUUGUGCCUAUAAUUCACGAGCCGCCCUUCAUUGUCGUGCGACGAAGUCGACGUGGGAUAACAAAAGAAAUUGAUGGCCUUAGUCCUUUCGUAUACAAAGAGAUCGCCAAACGCAUGAAUUUCACUCUUGAAUUCGUUGAAGAUCUGGAUGAUCUCGAAUCUGCCAACAGAACAAGAGUUUUAUUCAAGCUACCGGCAGAUGCUCGUGUCAACAUGAGCAUGCUUCCGCUGUCGAUGAGCUCGAACCAGCAGUUGAGUCGAAAGCUCAUCAGAUCUCGUGAAUCUUACCAGGUAAGCUACGGUCUACUGCUACCGAACAUCCAAGUGCUUCGGAGCGAAAACCCUGGUUUCCUUGACGUUUACAUAUUGAGUCUUUGCUUCGUCAUGACGGCCCAUGUCUUGAGGUUUACUACUAUUUCGUCAUCUGGAAGCUGGAGAACUAUCAACCUUGUCCAGGUUUUGUUAGGUAGCAGUUCGCCCAAACUCCCUAGUCAAACGGCCCAAAGAAUCGUGUACUUCGCCUGAUACUGCUGUCGUUGUCCUACUCGACUGACAUGUUCUCGAAUCUGCUGAACAACAAAAUGAAAUGGCGCAACUGUCGAUUCCACAGCAUUGAACAGGUGCUACAAGCAAACAUCAGUAUAAUGGUUAACGAAAACUUUUACAACGACAUCUACCUGGACAACAAAGAUCUGAUUAAGUAACUAGGACCUCGACCUAGAACCUUCCGCAACCUGAUGCAAUGCAUGCGUAUGAUCCAUGGAACUCGGAAAGUGGGCUGCGUCGUAACGAAAGAAUACGGCAUGUCCAUAAUUCGCUACAACCUGGGUAGACGAUGGAGAACGCCUAACAGAUUACAGUUCUUGACCUUCGGCGAGUUCCAAUUGUUCAACGACAUCCUGACCUCCGUCCACGUGGCCUCUAGCCCGAUGGUGUACCGCUUGGAUCUAUACAUGCGAUUGAUUUUUAUUCACAGCAUCAUGAGUACUUGGCAACCCGAAAAUGAGUACGAUAAGACCGAGAUGGAGAAGGCGGUGGAGGUCGUUGCUGACACUGAAGUGACCAAGUCUGAUUUCCGAGCCAGAAUGGAGAUGAUAUUGUCCAGGGGGUACUUGCUAGCGUUUAUAGCAUUCCUCGGAGAGUUUAUUGUGUACUUCGCGUACGAGUUCUAUCUCAGACGAAAGAUGAAGUAAAUAUUGUUGUUACUUAUUUAAAAGAACACAUUGUUUGAUCUCAUAUUAAAAUGUCUUAUGUCAUUAAAUAAAUCUUACGAAUUAAAUAAAUAAAUGAUUAAUUUGUGCAGUAGUGC